AAAGAAGUUGUAUUUAAAGAGGAGGAGCCAGUGAAGUGGCUUUUCCUCUGAGAUCCCAUUGACUUCUGCCUUUGCUCUGGAAGAGGAGCUGAAUGAAUUGGGAUCUGGAAAGGCUGCACAGGCACUUGGAGAAGGGAAGAGGCAUGAAGGCUUCCUUGGGCACAAACACCUUCUGAGGGAAGAACAUGUAUUGCUGGUGCUGGUGAUCUUUGUGACUAAAUAAUACCACAUCUGUAGUCCAGACUGGGAACUUCCAGAGAGCUCUGUGUGAACUCACACUGAUUGUGGGAAUGCAGAAACCCAACAGCUUCCUAUUGGUGCAUUUAUAUAAAACUGGAGAAGCCUGAGGGAGGGGCCUGCCCUGGCACUGUGGAGGAUCUGGGAGAGCUCCAGCCCUGCUGGAGCUGAGCCCCCUGGGCAGCCCCAUGGACUCCCCCCACCUCCUGCACUUGGGUUUCCUGCUCCUGGCUCUUGCUGCUCCCCCUCCAAGUAUUGCCAUGUCCAAUGCUGGCCCUACUAAGGGGACACAAGGCAGCACAACUAUGGCAGUCUACUACUGUAAGGACUAUGAAAGCUGCAAAUGCAAGAAUGGGAAAAUAAAUUUUAAAAACUUUACAAAAAUUGCUGAAAUAAAAAACAAGAUAAAUACUAUACCAGAUGUAACAGUUGAGUUGGUGACCAACAAAUCACACAUCACUGUUUGCUUUGAGCAAGGAAAUUCCUGUCUUGAAGGAAUUUAUGGCAUCUUCUCGGAUGAAACUGAUCCACCAAAACUCUGGUGUGGCAUCCUGAAUUCUGGAGAAAACGGAGGAGGUAACAUCAGUCCUGAGGACAAGAAUGUUUGCUGUGAAGCAGAGGCAGAUGCCUGGCACCACACCCCCAAACUGAAGUGCUACAUUCAAAAGUCACGUCCAAAACACACUGCACUGCCAGUUGCCAUUGCUGGUGAGGGAAUUCUAGGUAAUCCUGAAUUUCUCACCAGCAAAAAGAACAGCCUUGGCAUCUUAUUGGCAUUCCUGUUUGUUGGGGUUUGCACAGGAUGGGGCACCAUGUUUUACUUCUUGCGGCUGCGGCGUCGCCAAGCUUCUAGGCAAGACAGACAGGCUUCUGACAGAGAAAAGCUCACACAUCCUUGAUAACCAUCUACAAGGGAGAAAAACCUCUCUGCCAGCAGCAUCCUCCUCCUCUCUCAUGAUGUACAGCAACCAGCUGAACACAGACUGAUUUUCCACGGGAACACCUGUCCUUGUAUUCCCAAAUGAUCCUGUUUUCACCAAGGUACUUUCACCACAUCAACACCUUCCCCAAGCACUGACUCUUGUCCAGCUCCAGGCCUUUGGAGCAGCACAGGCAGCACCAGGAGCCCCCAUCCUCUCCUUGGCUUGGCUGCAGACAGCAGGCACCCCAGGGUGUGUGGCUGACUCAGCAGCACUAAAACCAGCUGAAUUCUCUCUGUGACAAAGUGGGAACAGCUCUGAAAUGCUUCCCAUGCCCUCUGCAUGGCUGUCACUUGGUAAUGCCACAGCAGCACCCAGGUGUCUGUAUUUGAAUUCUCAGGCCAUCUCUGCAUUCACCAAAGCCUUUUGCACCACAAGCUGGCUGAUAGGUUGAACUGGAAGAGUUUGGAAGAGAUAUUUGAUUUUGCCCCCACCUGCCAGCUGAGGACACGUCUGAGUGUUUCUGCAGGGCUGGGUGGGAGGCUGUGUCCAGCUCCCUCAGGAAUGGCAUUGGGUCACAGAGGCCUUGGCCUCCCCAGGCUGAGCAGAACUCUGGUAUCAAUCUUCUGACAAAUUAGGCAAGUUUAGACAGCAUGAGAUGAGUACAGCCCCUCAGGAAUCCCUCUGGAUACUUGGUAUCCUUAAAUCAUUCCCCAUUCCCACCUGAUUUGAAUAAAUCCUCAGCUUUUGCGUUAAAUCUAAUUUACUAUCAGGACUGUUGAGCAAAAAUCAGUGGCAGCACAAGGGGAGAAGCAAAUCCCUAAAGCAAUGUCAAUGGUUGUUGAAUCACUGUCCUUUUGUCACACCGCUAAACACAAGCACAGACAGUUCUUGGUUCAUUUCUGCUUUGAUUGACUGAAUUUUGUUUGUUGCUUGUUUUUUCCUCAAUGUGUCUUAACCAUCCAGUCAGUAGCAGAGUGAACCUUGCCAACAAACUCUGUUGUGCUGGUGCUUUAUAUCAAAUCUGGAUUUUACUGAUCCCAUUGCUGGUGAUGUUUUAAGAGAUCUACAAAAAUUUCAACAGCUGCUUCCCAUUUGAUCCCUCUGUUCCUUGCUAUUCAUUGUACAAAUGCUUCUUGUUCAGUUUCUUUGGUUAUUGGGGUAAUUGGAGAGCUCUAAGAAUCCCAUUAUACAUUUGUAUACCUUUGUUUCUAACUGGAUUUACACCUUCUGCAAUCAUCUUUCGGAGAAUCUGUAUUAUCCAGUUCUUUGAUGUCAUUAAAUACUUCUUUAUAAAAAAAAA